UAAAGACUCUAUUUCGAGAAAACUAAAGCAGACCUUUGUAGAAAUUAAAUCAAGAUCAAAAUGGUUUGCAAGUUAUUUUUAGCCUUUUUGUUGGCACUUACAGUUUCAGUUUAUUCUGAUGAACACCAAAAUGUACAAUAUGUAGCUCCAAUCUCUUCUUACACAGAAUGUAAAAGUCUGUUGGACGUAGUCGUUGUCGUAGACGGAUCAGACAGUAUCGCAGCCGAUGAUUUCGUCACAUUGAAGUUGGCUCUAGAAUCACUUGUCUUGGAUUUGAACGUACGACCUGAUAACACCCGGUUUGGAGUUGUUCUCUACAGUUCCACCAUUGCUGGUAAAAUUGAUAUCAGUGGAAACGCUGGUCACAUCAUCCCAGGAAUCAGAGCUUUGCCACACCCAAGAGAUGGUACCAAUACUGCUCUUGCUAUUGCUGAAAUGAACGACAUGGUUGCUGCUCAGAGACGUCCGGGAGUUCCAGUCGUUGGUGUAGUCAUUACUGAUGGCAUCUCUAAAGAUCAGGCUGCAACUGCUCAACAAGCAGCUAUAGCUAGAAACCAAGGAAUCAACAUGUUCGCUAUUGGUGUUGGAAUCAACGUAGAUACCACUGAAUUGAAAUCCAUUGCUUCUAAUGAUCAACAAGUCUUAACCACCGUCAACUUCAACCAACUUGGAUCUCUUUUAUCCAAUUUCAUACAAGUUGUCUGUCCAACUACCACAACUUCAACAACCACUACGACCACCACGACCACCACACCAGCUCCAACAACAUCCACAACCGUACCAACAACCACCACCACAGUCAAACCAGACCCAUGCGCCAAUUGCAAGAUGUCCAAUGGUAUCGGAUUCAAUCCUCAUCCUACUGACUGCGAUAAAUACUUCCAAUGUGAAUUUAGUUUAGAAGGUUUGGUCAAUUCUGUUCUUCGUCAGUGUGGACAAGGAUUAUUCUGGGAUCAAGAUCUCUUAACCUGUAACUACCCUGCAGCUGUUCAAUGUCGUGCCGACCCAUGUCAAAACUACCACAUCUCAAGCUACAAAAAGGCUGGUAACUGUCGUGAAUAUUACUCCUGCUCUAAUGGUACUUCCAUGCCAGAAUGUUGCAAGAAAGGAUUUGCCUAUGUAUCUGGUCAAUGUGUUCCAAGCUACAACUGUAAUGCUCACUGCAAAGGAGAUUUUAUCAACCCAUAUUGUGAAAUGAGAGCAGUAAGUGAUGAUAUCAGCUCAUAUGAACAAUUUGUCAGGGGUGUAGGUUGGGUCAGAAAACCAUGUGCACCAGGAAGUGCUUUCAGUCCAGUUGAAUGUAGUUGUACCGUCGCUAUUGAUCCAUUACCAAUUAAUGCUGGUGAAUGUAAAGCAGAGGUCUAUAUUCCUUUCGAUGAUGAUGUAGCUAUCGACAAAUCUGGCAACGGAAAUUACGUAGAAAAUGAAGGUGUUUUCGUUAUUGGAGGCAAAGGUUACUUCAAUGGUACCAGUGGAUUGAGAAUUCCAAGAUUCUCCAACAUUGAAUUUGGAUCUAAGGUUGUAAUCACCAUGAGAUACAAGGCAGAAAGUAUCUAUGGAUCACAGGGUCUUAUAUCUAAUGGAGAUUGUGGUAAACCCGGGUCUCUUCUCGUUGCCAUUGACAACACCAACACCCUAUUUGGACUGCAGACGGUUUCUGGUACUGCUGGUAUUGUAACCAUUCCUAGUGCUAAUGGUUGGAAUGAGAUCAUCUAUCAGGUUGAAGGUGACGUAUUAACAGGAAGUGUUAAUGGUAAUUCUGCACACAAGACCAUUGAUGGUGCCGUGAAGAGAAGUCAAUGUGCUCUUCAAGUAGGACGUGCCACUCAUCUCUCAAACUUCAGAGGAUACGUCGAUGAGCUGACAGUUUAUCUCUGUUAAAAUCCACCAUUCAGAAGUACAGACCAUAAAUCACUGAUUAUGUCCCCUUAUAUCUAUAAUAUUGUAAAUUAGAGCUUCCAUUUUCGGUUACAGUCAGUAUCCCUUUUCGAUUCAAAUUAAUAUCAAUGAAGCAUCCAAUCAGUUAUAUUUAUCAUGAAUCAGUUUUUCAAAUUCGUUAUAUUAAAUUAAAAUUUCGAAGCUCGCCCAUAAUCAGUGAUUAUCAUAAAAUACCAAAUAUAUAAGUAAUUGUGAUAUGUUUGUACAUAAUGAAAUGUCUCUAUGUGAUACAGUUAGAUAUUUAAUUUAAAUGUUUGUCAAAGUUUUAUUUAUGUAUUUAUAUAUUAUUGUAAAAUAACGAUAUUAAUGAACAUCCUAUCGAUACUUCCCCAAGUGCAUCUUUUGAUUAAAUUGUAAACCUAACUGU